AUAUUCCAUUGUGCUUACGGGUGCGAGCAUGUGGGCGUGGCUUAACUAGACCACACCCCCUCAAGUGGAGGUGUUUGACUAUUUGCAUAGGCCGGUGCGCUGUUAGUCAAGUGUCUCCCACACACACACACACACACACACACACACACACACAUGAAGGCAUGGAUGUUGUGAACUUUCUGGAGAACGUGGAGCUAGUGAGAGCCUGGGAAGGAGGCCGCGAUAAUGGACGGAUCAACAAGUGGCGGGAGAAGUUCUGCUUCCCCAACAUCAGCCUCUGCCGCGACAUGGCCGCCAGCAUCGAGCGGGACUACACCGACCUGUGCGUCAAGCAGCCCAUCGGCAGGAAACUCUUCGAGCUCUUCUGUCGGACGCGGGUGGACCUCCGGAACCACGUGGCCUUCCACCAUGAGCUGGAUCAGUUCGAGAAAGAGCAUGGCGAGGAAAGGCGCAUUUCUGGAGUCUACAUCAUUGAAUCCUUCUUCACCAACCAGUCUACACGUCACAUCCCUGCCAUGUCCAAACACAAACAUAGAUGCAUUGAGUACCUGGCGUCGGAUCCUGACGAAGACGUCUUCCAACGCUGCCUGGCAGAAUCGCACGCGUACCUCAGCGGGGAACCUUUCCAGCAGUACCAGGGGAGCAUGUACUUUGACCGCUUCCUUCAGUGGAAGAUGCUGGAAAGGAGACCCAUCAACAAGAACAUGUUUCGACAGUACCGACUUCUAGGCAAAGGAGGCUUUGGAGAGGUGUGGGCGUGCAAGGUCUGCGCCACGGGAAUGAUGUACGCCUGCAAGAAGAUAGAGAAGAAGCUCUUGAAGAAAAGGCGAUGCGAGGCACUGGUGCUCAACGAGAAGCAGAUUCUUGAGAGUGUGGAGAGUCGCUUUAUGGUGAACUUGGCGUACGCCUACGAGACCAAGCACACUCUGUGCAUGGUUAUGACCAUGAUGAGCGGCGGCGACUUGAAGUUCCAUAUACACAAAAUAGGUGCAGCCGGGUUGUCUGAAGACCGAGUGCGCUUCUAUGCCGCCGAGGUCUGCUGCGGCCUCAUGCACCUGCACGCCAACUCCAUCCUUUACAGGGAUUUAAAACCAGAGAACAUCCUUCUGGACAAGGAUGGACACAUCAGAAUCUCCGACUUGGGCCUGGCGGUCAGGGUCGCCGAGGGUGCCAAGGCGAAAGGCCGCGUGGGCACUCUGGGUUACAUGGCUCCGGAGGUGAUCGUCCACAAGUACUACGGGGUGAGCGUGGACUGGUGGGGCUUGGGCUGUCUCAUCUACGAGAUGACGUCGGGACAGAAGCUCUUCGGGACGCGGGGCAAACACAUCAGCAGGGAUGAGUUGGAGCGCCAGAUCCAGAUGGAGCAGGAGGAGUACAGCGAACUGUUCAGCGAGGCGGCCAAGGACAUCUGCUCCCAGCUGCUCAUCAAAGACCCCAUAAACAGGCUGGGCUGCAGGAGAGCAGGGGGGAGAGAAAUUCAGUCGCACCCUUUCUUUCAAGAAGUCAACUUCCGGAUGCUGGAGGCGGGGCUUGUGACGCCUCCUUUCAGACCUGACCCCAAACUGGUGUACUGCAGCGACGUGCAGGACAUCGACGACUUCCCCACCGUCAAGGGGGUCAAACUGGACAAUAGCGACUCAGACUUCUACGCCAGGUUCAACACGGGCAGCGUUCCUAUAGCGUGGCAGAACGAGAUGAUCGAGACAGAGUGUUUCACUGAGCUGAAUGUUUUCGGCCCCCGUGGUGGUCGAUCUCCAGACCUGAUUCCGAAUCCAGAGCCCACUUUACCGACGUCCCGACUUCAACACUUUUUCCAAAAAAAUUCUGCCAGCGGACGGCGAGGACAAACCUGAGAGAACCCUCUGCAACACAAAAUAAUCGAUACUCAAGAUGUACCAUAUGUUCCGGCAAGAAAUCUGCGUUCAAAGGACUCCGGCUUAUUAGUGAUUCCCAAAGCCCAAAAAAAGUCUGCGGGCUAUAGAGCGUUUUCCAUUCGGGCUCCAGUACUCUGGAAUACCCUCCCGGUAACAGUUCGCGAUGCCACCUUAGUAGAAGCAUUUAAGUCUCACCUUAAAACUCAUUUGUAUACUCUAGCCUUUAAAUAGACUCCCUUUUUAGACCAGUUGAUCUGCCGUUUCUUUUCUUUUUCUUCUAUGUCCCACUCUCCCGUGUGGAGGGGGUCCGGUCCGAUCCGGUGGCCAUGUACUGCUCGCCUGUGUAUCGGCUGGGGACAUCUCUGCGCUGCUGGUCCGCCUACGCUUGGGAUGGUUUCCUGCUGGCUCCGCUGUGAACGGGACUCUCGCUGCUGUGUCUUGGAUCCUCUUUGGAGUGGACUCUCGCGACUGUGUUGUAUCCAUUGUGGAUUGAACUUUCACAGUAUCAUGUUAGACCCGCUCGACAUCCAUUGCUUUCCUCCUCUCUAAGGUUCUCAUAGUCAUCAUUGUCACCGACGUCCCACUGGGUGUUGAGUUUUCCUUGCCCUUAUGUGGGCCUACCGAGGAUGUCGUGAUGGUUUGUGCAGCCCUUUGAGACACUAGUGAUUUAGGGCUAUAUAAGUAAACAUUGAUUGAUUGAUUGAUUGAUACUUCUGUGACGUGUGGCGGACGGCUACACGCUGCGUGUUCUGUCACUUUGCUAUUUUUGUAUUGGACGCCUCUCUUGCAUUUACAGCUUUUUAAGUAAACCGUUUUAGGAAAGUCAAGAGUACAACAAAACUCCUUCAGCUUUAUGUGGUUCGGCUUGGAAAAGGUGCAAGCUAAACUCUACUGGUAAACAAAAUGUAGCAUAUUUUUAUUUGCGUCCGUUAAAAAAAAAACACAGCGAGAAGACGGCGGGAGCAGCAAGACUUAAACAGGAAACACAACCCUAAGUGGACUGCAUGUUGACCACGGAUGCUAAAUCAAAUAGUUGAGGAAUGUUUUCUCAGGUCACGCUAAUUCAGUUUCCCCCUUGAAUUUGUUGUAAAUAAAAAUGAACCAGCUGAGUGUAAAUAUUUCUAAUAAAGUGAAAGCCUGUUUUUA